CUUAUUCAUUUUGGCAACUGGGAAAUUCUCUGCUGUAUGUGGUGCUGCUUCUUGCUGAGCUGAAGAGAAGAAUGGGUGGAAACCCUUAUGGCCUCACCAAACUAAACCCUGCAUUUGGAGGUAGGAUAUUGGCUUUGGCGGGUCGAAAAUCGGCCAAGAAACUGAAGAGAUUAAAGGAACAGCAAACUGAGGUGAAAUUGGAAACUAGUAAGACCUCAUUAGAUGGUUAUAAUGGGAUUAAAGAUAAUCUCCCUUCAAAGAGUGGUAUCAUUAAUGAUGAUUUUGCCUUUGUGAAUGAGAAAAGUGAGGUGAAUUCAGUCACUAAUGUCAUCCCUUCAAGGGGCACAGUUCUCCGGGCCUGUACUGUGACUUCAGGUCUGAUAGCUGCUCUAGGGUUGGCGAUUCGGCAGGUAUCUCAAGUUGCAUCUUCAGGAGGGUUGCCUGUCUUUGACUGCUCCCAAGUAUCGUUUGAUUUCCAGGUGUGGCACCUCGGGCUGAUUACAGGUUCGGUUGUGCUGAUAUCAUUGUCAAGAUAUACACUACUGAAAACAUGGCCUGAUUUUGCCGAAUCAAGUGAAGCAGCCAAUAGACAGGUCCUAACAUCCUUAGAGACAUAUGAUUAUCUUAUUGUUGCUUUCCUUCCUGGGAUUAGUGAGGAAUUACUUUUCCGGGGAGGCCUGCUACCACUUCUGGGGCUCAACUGGAAAAGUGCUUUGGCAGUUGCAGCUCUUUUUGGUGUUCUACACUUGGGAAGUGGCCGAAAAUCUUCCUUUGCUAUCUGGGCGACCUUUGUAGGGGUUGUGUAUGGCUAUGUUACUAUCGUCUCUUCAAGCCUAGUUGUGCCAAUGGCGUCGCACGCGCUGAAUAAUCUUGUUGGCGCCCUUCUAUGGCAACAGACAUCAAGGUCAUCUGAACAAAUAUCGAGCUAGAAGCCUAAAACACUUUAAUGUAUAUAAUAUACUUCCUCUUUUUAGAAAUUAGCAUAUCACUAGACUUCCGUUAAGUUCAAGGACAUUUGGUGUAUUUUUGGAAAAAUAGGGGUAUAUUAUGUUUUUUUGAAAACGUGAAGGGUAUUUGGUGCAUUCCGUGAAA